CUUUCAUUACUUAAAUACCACCUCUCUCCACUCACCCCCUCAAUCCACUCCAACAGCACACAACUAGCAAUAGUGUUGAGCCUGUGAGAGAAAAUAUGGCUAAAGAUGUUGAGGUUCAAGAGCAAGGAGAAUACUCCUCCAAAGACUAUCAAGACCCUCCUCCGGCACCCUUGAUCGACCCUGAGGAGCUCACAAAGUGGUCCUUCUGGCGAGCCCUCAUUGCUGAGUUCAUAGCAACCCUUCUCUUCCUUUAUAUCACUGUUCUCACCAUUAUUGGCUACAAAAGCCAAACUGAUCCUAGCAAAAAGGGCACCGAGUGUGAUGGGGUUGGCAUUUUGGGCAUUGCUUGGUCCUUUGGUGGCAUGAUCUUCAUCCUUGUUUACUGCACCGCCGGUAUUUCUGGAGGACACAUAAACCCGGCGGUGACAUUCGGGCUGUUCCUAGGACGGAAGGUGUCGCUGAUAAGGGCGUUGUUGUACAUGGUAGCACAGUGUGCCGGUGCUAUCUGUGGCGCUGGACUUGCCAAGGGCUUCCAAACAGCAUACUACGACAGAUAUGGAGGUGGUGCCAACUCUGUUGCAGAUGGCUACAACAAGGGCACUGCUUUGGGUGCUGAGAUUAUUGGUACCUUCGUUCUUGUUUACACUGUCUUCUCUGCCACUGACCCCAAGAGGAACGCUAGGGACUCCCAUGUUCCCGUGCUAGCACCACUACCCAUUGGAUUUGCUGUGUUCAUGGUUCACUUAGCUACAAUCCCAAUUACUGGUACUGGCAUUAACCCAGCAAGGAGUUUUGGAGCAGCUGUAAUCUACAACGAAGACAAAAUCUGGGAUGACCAGUGGAUUUUCUGGGUUGGACCCAUUGUUGGAGCAGCAGUGGCUGCAUUCUACCACCAAUACAUCCUUAGAGCAGCAGCUAUCAAGGCUCUUGGAUCAUUCAGGAGCAACGCUUAAUUAGCUUCUUAAUUUGCUAGCCAACAUGGUGUUUUUCCGAAGAAUUGAUAAUAAUAAGAAUUUCUAUGUUGAGGGAGUGCUAGUGUGUCUCUGGGGUUCCCUAAUUUAAGGUUUUUCGUCUUUUUCUUUCAUCAGCUACAGUUGUUGGAGGAUAAGGCCAAAACCAUGGGGGGCAUCAAAUUGUAGAUAACCAUGCUUGUGUCCAAGGGUCUAUUUUCUAUCCCUUUUUUUAUAUAUUUUAUUUUAAUUUCCUUGUAUGUAUUCCUAAAGUGUUCCCUUCCUGUCUUGUGCAUCCUCAAUCAUUAAUUUAUCAUUUUACUUUUCUUGUUUCUUAAUUAUCAUCUAUAUAUGUAAUGUACCUUAACUUGAGUAAUAUUAUCUACAUGUAUUAA